AUGGCGGCGGGCAGCUCGGGCACCGGCAUGGGCUGGCGGGCUCCCCUGGAAGGCCUUCAGAUCACUGACAGCAUUGUCCCAGGGCUUCCUUGGCCUGUGCCAGGAACGCGGAGCGCAGCAUUCACCAUCCCCUCCCUGAAACAGCGGUCCCCGAGGUGCUCCACAGGCAGGGCCGAGCUGGGCGACGGGGAGCCCAGACCCUGCACGGGUCGCCCUGAGCGGCGGGGACGCAGGAAGAGCUCGCCGGCUCCACCAGCCCCUACCCCAGAUGCGGGACCCGGGACCAGAGAGGGCCUGGAGCCCCCGCCCCAUGGCUGCCAGGAGGCGGACACGGGCAGCUCCUGGGGGGCUACCGCCCCGAGGCCGUUACGCCAGAACUUGAGCGAUCUGGGAAGGGGCAGCGCCCCGCCCUUGAAGAGGAACCUGUGUCCUAGAGGCAGCAGCCUGGGAUCUCCUCCUCCGAGGACACCGCAGAGGCGAGUGACUCUGGCGGCGCAGCGCUGGCUUUCCCGUCCGCGGAGGAGGAGAGCUGCGGGGCUGGAUGAGCUGGACCAGGGAGGACGGCUGGCUGCUUUCGGCCUCCGAUGGGGAGUGGACAGCUUAGGGGGUUGUCCCCGUGCCAGCCGGCCUGCUGGCCACUCUGGGCUUCAUCACAGCCUCACCUGCCUGCACAGGCACCUAGCACUGCAGGCUGGAGCUUCUGGCCAUGCUGGUCAACUUCCCCAACGAGCCUCUGCUGCCUGGGAACAGCAAGGCCAGAGCUACACCGCCCUGCACUUGGCAGCCAUGUACCUUGGAGAUGGUGAAGCUGCUAGUGGGGACAUAGGACGCCAAUGUGGACAUCAGGGACUACAUUGGGAAAAGGGCCUCCCAGCAUGUGAGUCAGAGCAUCACAGAAGAGAUUGAGACCCUGAUGGGAGUCCUGGACAAGGACGAUGGGGAGAGCACCGCCAGCAGCGGGGAUGGGUACUGGAAGAUUUAAAAGCUGCCCCCUCCAUCUCACCACCUACAAACUGUCACAUGUCCUGGAAGAUGGGGGGACCCUCUCCACCAUCACCACUUGGCUGAAGGUGGUCCAGAGGUGAAGCCAAGGAUUCCAGGGUGCACAGCCUCAGGCAGGACUAAUGGACUUAAAAAACACAGGCUCAACAAAAUCCACUUCACAACCCAGAUGGUUCACAUCACACCCUCUUUCAGGGACCCAGAGCAGCCACUGGAAGAGGAGGAGUAGGAACGCUCUCUUAAAGUCCACUUAUCCUAUUCCUUCAAAUUAAGACCAAAGUCCAAUGUAUUUAGGUAAAAAAUAAUUUCUUUUAGAAAAUGCCAAGGUUUGUCUUCUGAAAUUUAAUAACAGAAACAAAAAAACAACACUAGAUGUAAAGAAGUGAGACCAGAAAAGACAAACUAAACUAUCCUUACUAGGUUGGAAUGGAUGGGGUGGAGUUCCCAUCGGGCUAGCAUUCUGGGGAAAGUUUUUUUUUUUUUUUUUUUUUUUUUUUGGCGGUGGGGGGAAGGAGUCUCGCUCUGUCGCCCAGGCUGGAAUGCAGUGGCGCCAUCUCCGCUCACUGCAAGCUCCGCCCUACGGGUUUAUGCCAUUCUCCAGCCCCAGCCUCCCAGUAGCUGGGACUACAGGCGUCCGCCACCACAUACGGCUAAUUUUUUUGUAUUAUUUUUAGUAGAGACGGGGUUUCACCGUGUUCUCCAGGAUGGUCUCGAUUCCUGACCUCGUGAUCCGCCCACCUCGGCCUCCCAAAGUGCUGGGAUUACAGGCGUGAGCCACUGCACCUGGCCGGAUUUCUUUUUAAGAGAUUCAUCAUACCUUGACCUGUGCCCCAUUUCCCUCCUCCACCUGUCUGACCUGGCAUUCCUAUUUCGGGAGACCAGAAGUGGGGGGAAGAGAAGGGAUGACUGUUUCUUUGCUUUCACCAUUCCUGCAUGCCAUGCAAAGGAAGGAAUACUGCGUUUUUAAAUAUCUGUUUUAUUAAGUGGUUACUCUUUCAAGGACAAAAAAAUGCAAAUUGUUACAAAACUGGUAGUAUUUGUAAGUGCAAGUACUACAUGCUGCCUUAUUCUUUUACCAAUUGCAUUUGCAUUUUAAGGUACUACUGGUACAGCCACGGUGGAGAACAGUUUGGAUGUUCCUCUAAACACUGAAAAUAGAGGUGCCACAUGAUCCAGCAAUCCCACUGUUGGAUAUAUACCCCCAAAAUAAGAAAUGAGUAUAUCGAAGAAAUUAUCUGCACUCCCAUGUUGGUUGCACCACUGUUGACAAUACCUAAGAUUUGGAAGCAACCUAAAUGUCCAUCAACAGAUUAAUGUAUUAAAGAAAAUGUGGUAGAUACACACAGUGGAGUAUUAUUCAGCCCUAAAAAGAAUGAGAUUCAGUCAUUUGCAACAACAUGGAAGGAACUGGAUAUCAUUAUGUUAAGGGAAAUAAGCCAAGCAUGGAAAGGCAGACAUUGCAUGUUCUCACUUAUUUGUGGGAUCUAAAAAUCAAAACAAUUGAACCCAUGGACAUAGUAAGUACAAGGGGGCUGGGUGGGGGGAGACAGGGCAUGGGUAAUGGGUACAAAAAUAGGGAGAAGGAAUGAAUAAGACAUACUAUUUGAUAGCACAACAGGGGGACUCUAGUCAAUAAUUGUACAUUUAAAAACAACUAAAAGAAUCUAAUUGGAUUGUAACACAAAGGAUACAUGCUUAAAGGGAUGGAUACCCACUCUCCAUGAUGUGAUUAGUUCAUGCUGCAUGCCUGUAUCAAAACAUCUCAUGCACCCCAUAAAUAUAUGUGCCUAUUAUAUACUCACAAAAAUGCUUGAAAAUAAAAAUAAAGGAACUACUGAAGGUCAGGUCAGAGUGGAAAUGCAAAAAUACUAAUUAGAGAAUAAUGUGAAUACAACAGGAAUCCUGUUGGUAUUCUAUUUAUAUUGUAAGCAGCAGUUCAAUUGUUUUGUAAAAGCAAUUUCAAUUUUAAUCACUGAACUAAAGAAAUGGGCAACGCUGACUUCCGUAAUAUAGGUUCUACCUAACCAUCUCUAACACCGCUGUCAAGGAGGACCAGUGUUAAGGUACAUUACUAACAACCACACAAAUUUUUAAAAGAAAAGAACACUCUUAGCAGCCUAUGGUACUUUGAAAUGAAAUAUUGCCUCUCAUUCUCAUUUGUGUUGCCAUUCCAAAAGUUUGAAUUUGCUGAGGUUUAUAUUCUGGGUACUAUAUAACCAUUGGUUCUGUUUUUCAUAACCCUAUUAAAUGGUUGCUCAGAGCUGAAUUACCUACAGAAACUUUCUGGUUUAAUUAGCAUAAAUUGGUAUAAAUAUUAGUGAGCCCAUACUUCUGUGAUAUAAUUAAACCAACUUAAUGAUUCUCACAUAAGGUGUCAAUUUAUUUUACUAAUGCAUUCAUAAUCUAUGCUUUGUAGCAACAUUUUUCAAAUGUUUAAAAUGCUAAAUCUUCUCAAUUUUCCAAUCUUUUCUUGAAUCUAUUAGAUACCUAUAGUGUAUUUACUGAAUAGCUGGGAAACAAAUACACCUAGUUAGAAAUGGCACUGCUUUAUAAAAGGCACUAGAGAAAAGACGAGACUAUUUCUAUAUUUAAAUGCUGCUGGCAAGUGAAUUCCUUUGUAAAUAAAUGAAAGAUACCAUUCAUUAAAAUGAAAGACUUGUUUUAAGUGUGAUUCUUACAUUUCAUUCAUUUAUGAUAGAGUAAAUGGCUUUAUAAUUACUUUAAAAUUUAACUCACUAGUACAUUAAAUCUGUUCAUUGCAAGAUUAGAAUCAACUGUGAGGGGAACUAAUUUAAACAAGCCCUUCCUUAGUCUUAUUGAGUCUCAUAUUUGCUGAAAGUACCUACAGCUUGCAGGAUAAGGGAGUUCAUGGACCAUAGGGUGAGUGAACCCAUGCACAGAUUGCAAACUGCCCAGAGCUACAACAUUUAGGAUUUUUAAACCUUUAAUUUUCCAAGUCAUAGAAAUUUGUUACAGGUUCAUCACCUCUUUGUCUAAAUGGCAAUUGAAUUUCUUUAAAGAUAGGUUAAAAAAGGCAUAAAACUAUGAAUUAUUAUCCAUUUAUGUGCCUCUAUUUUUGCUUUAGAAUUAUGGAAGUGGACCCUUUGAAUUUGGGAAACAGUGUUAUGUAUACACAUGGGUGAAAAACAGUCUAACAUUGUGUAAAUUAAAAUACUUUUUUUGAAGUUGAAAAACAUCCAUUUGUUCUAAAUCUAUAUAUAUUAUGUGUAUCUAGUACAGAAUAAGCUGUAACUUCUCAUUGAGUAAUCUUUGGUUUUACAGAUAUGUAAAGCUGAAGCAACUCUAAAGAGUAGACACUUCAGAACAGGAAGGUUCUGGUCAAUGUUGAGAGUAGACACUUUCACUGAAUGUUCUGGUGAAAUGUGGGUAACUAAUUGCUUGAAAUCUAUAAUUUGCUAUAUAGUUAACUAUUAAGUUAAAAUGUCAUUUACCAUGCUUUUUACACUAAAAGCUUUAACUUUUCUGAUAAAAUAAUAUUUUAAAUGUUCAAUUAUUACUUCUGAGGAAAGCUACUUCUAGCAUUCUUUGUCAUGAUAUGCUUGUGUGCAGUAAGCGGAGCAUUUUCAGCCACUUACCUCUACAUUCUUCUUGUUUUUCAGUUUCUGAUUUAGAUUAUAAAAGGCAAAUGAUUAAUUUAAUUUGAUACUCAGAGUUGUGUUUACCUUUAAUGGACAAAUAUAUGUCAGAUACUUUGAUGUUU